AUGAAGGUAGAAGGAACUCAUAGUGUUUAUAUUGGAAGUAGACCUAAUGAGAGGCUUUGCUGUUCCAAAAAGAGUGAAAUAAACUUGCAUUUUGCUGACAAAAGAGAAUCUACUGAUGCUAGCCUACAAGAUCGAAGUGGUGGUCUUUUCAGCUCCGAAGGUGGCAUUGGAAAGAGCAGACUUAAAGGAGGAUGCUCUUCUUUAUCCUUAUCGUGGCAAAAUGAAAUGUUGCCAAUAGUUUUGAUCAUCAAGAGGCACAAAAUUAAGUUCAAAGUGAAGUAUCGAGAUAUCAAGGAUGCAGAUGAUGAUGCAAGAAAUCUGGAGGUUAUCUAUGAUAAGUUUACAGAGGAAAGUACAAGGUUUGGUUUCAUUACAAUGUGUACCGCAGAGGACGCUCCAAGUGUUGCUCAACAGUUCAAUGGAUAUGAAUUUGAAGGCAGACAACUAAGAGUGAAUGGUGGACCUCCACUUCGAGGGAAAAUUCUUCAUUCGGAGGACCGAGGGGAGGACGGGAGACAAGUUUUGAUAAUAAAAACAGAGUUUAUGUGGGAAACCUUUCAUGGGAUGUUGAGAAUUUUCAUCUUCAAACCUUCUUUAGUGAGCAACGAAAGGUUAUGGAUGCCAAGGUGGUUUAUGACGGAGAGAGUGGUAGAUCAACGGGUUUCGGGUUCAUGA